CUCCCAUCCAGACUACAACCACCCUCUAUGAGCGGGGCUUCGAGAAAAUCACCAAGCGGCAGAAUAAGGAGCAGGUCCCACCCCCUGCCGUGGAGCCCAAGAAACCAGGGAACAGGAAGCAGCCGCAAAAGGCGGCUCCGCUCCCCAGCCGGAGCGCGAAGCAGGGCCGCUUCCGCAGCCUGGAGGAGGCACUGAAAGUGCUGGAUGUGGCAGCUCUGCAGAAGGAGCUGGACAGAAGCCAGAGCGUGUUCUCUGGGAACCCGUCUGUGUGGCUGAAGGACCUGGCCAGCUACCUCAACUACAAGCUGCAGGCUCCGCCGGGUGAGCCCACGCUGAGCCAGCACCCUCAUGAUUAUCCCUACAGCCUGGUAAGCCGAGAGCUGCGUGGGAUCAUCCGAGGGCUUCUGGCAAAGGCAGCGGGAUCUCUGGAGCUCUUUUUCGACCACUGUCUUUUCACGAUGCUGCAAGAGCUGAACAAGACACCAGGGGAGUCACUACACGGUUAUCGCAUCUGCAUCCAGGCCGUUCUGCAGGACAAGCCCAAGAUUGCUACCACGAAUCUGGGCAAGUUCCUGGAAUUGCUGAGGUCCCACCAGAGCCGACCCGCAAAGUGUCUGACCAUCAUGUGGGCCCUGGGUCAAGCGGGUUUUGCCAACCUUACCGAGGGACUGAGAGUGUGGCUGGGGGUCAUGCUGCCAGUGCUGGGCAUCAAGGCUCUGUCUCCCUUUGCUGUCGCGUAUCUGGACCGGCUGCUCCUGGUGCAUCCCAACCUCACCAAAGGCUUUGGCGUGAUCGGCCCCAAGGACUUCUUCCCUCUUCUGGACUUUGCCUACAUGCCCAACAACUCCCUGACACCCAGCCUGCAGGAACAGCUGUGCCAGCUCUACCCUCGCCUGAAGGUGCUGGCAUUCGGGGCGAAGCCGGACUCCACUCUGCACACCUACUUCCCUUCCUUCUUAUCCAGGGCCACCCCUGGCUGUCCCCUUGGGAUGAAGAGAGAGCUGUUGCGCAGCCUGACCACGUGCCUGACGGCAGAUCCCCUCAGUGCUGGCGUCUGGAGGCAGCUGUACCUCAAGCCCCUGUCACAGUCCAGCCUGCUGCUGGAGCACUUGCUCAGCUCCUGGGAGCGAAUUCCCAAGAAGGUGCAGAAGUCUUUGCGGGAAACCAUCCAGUCCUUCGUGCUGGCCAACCAGGAACUGCUGAGGAAGGGCAGCGGCAGCCACCCAGACGUUGUCGCCUGUGACGUGGCCUGCAAGGGCCUGUUGCAGCAGGCUCGGGGCCCUCGGCCACCCUGGACACGACUGCUCCUCUUGCUGCUGGUCUUUGCCAUCGGCUUCCUGUGCCACGACUUCUGGUCCCACCACUCUUUCCAGGCUUCCCUUGCUGGCCGGGUGCUUCAGUCAUCUGGUUUCUUGCCUGCCAGCCAACGAGUGUGUGCCACAAUCCAUUCCUACAGCCUGCGAGGCUACAGCUGGCUGGAGGGGACUGUGCCCGUGUGGGGCGCCCACUUGCUCGCCGCCGUGCGUCCCAGCUUGCAGCUGGCCUGGGCUCACGCCAACGCCACGGUCAGCUUCCUCUCUGCCCACGGUGCCUCCCACCUUGCCUGGUUCGGCGACGGUCUCGCCAGCCUCUCCCAGAGGCUGCAGACCCAGCUGCCGGACUGCCUGAGCCAGCCGCUCCACGCCCUCAGUGAGCUGCUGCUCCUCCUCCACCAGGGCGUGCUGCUGCCGCUGUGGCACCUGUCACUGGAGGCCCUGGCCCAGGCCCAGGAGCACUGCCACAAGGCCUGCAGGGACGAGGCGACCUGGAACUGUGUGAAGACUCAGCUGAGCGAGGCUGCCCGCCGGGCCUGGCUCUGCCUGCAGGACAUCAUGGUAGCCUUCCUGAACUGGGUGCUCACUGUGAUUUCCCAGCAGUAGGUCCUGCCCCAUGGCCGCCAGGUCCUGCGUGCGCCAGCUGCCCGAGACUGCUGGGAGGAGUGGGGGUCGUCCUCUCUGGUGUCGGAGCUCUGUCUCCGAGCAGGUGGCCAGCUGCCUCUGCGCCAGUUU